AUGACUAUUCUACCAGCCAUGGCCUCCACUGUUGAGGAAACUCAUCAGCUCACCUCCUCCUACAAGCACAUGUGGGCACGUAACGUUGCCCAAAAGACAAUGGACUAUGAUUUUAAGGGAGUUAAAGAGUUGGUCCCUGAUGCUUCCAACAUCAAGACCAUCGGUAAGUUGAGAGAGGUCACUGAAGAAAGAACUGGUCGUGGUUACAUACCUAAAGCCGAUGGUCAAAUUGAUGUCGGCAUUGUUGGCGCUGGUGUCGCCGGUUUGUUUACUGCCCUUCUGUUUGACUGGCUCAACGAUCAUCCCGACCUGAAGGGCAAGGGUCUGAAGAUCAACUACGAUGUUCUUGAAGCCGCUGGGGCACAAAGGCUUGGUGGCCGUCUUUACACUCAUCACUUCUCCGAUGAGGAGCAUGAUUACUAUGAUGUUGGCGCCAUGCGCUUUCCCAACAAUUCAAUCAUGAAGAGAACAUUUCAGCUCUUCGAAUAUAUCGGUAUCACCCAGACUAGCAAGCCAGGCUUGAUCCCUUACUACCUUAAGGAUAUCGACAACGUCUGCCCAUCAUACUUCAACGACAUUUCCAAGUGUGGCGAUGUCUGGGCCGAAGGAAUGAAUCCCGAUGAUCCCUAUAAGAUUAACAGUGGCUUAGCUCCUAAUGGCCAGAUCCCAGCUGAGUAUCUUAAAGAAGAUCCCGGUCAUCUUGUCGGGAAGGCUCUGGGUAAAUUCUUGAAACAUGUCGAGGACAAAUUCAAGGAGAUCAUCGCGCUGAAGAAGCAACAUGAGGGUAAAGCUGGAGAGGUGCAUGACGAUGACCUAACCACCAAGUCCACGGCCUUGUUUCAAUUACUUAUGAAGGCUGACCAUAUGAGCGUUCGUCAGUACCUUGGCUCAGGCCAGAAGGACAAGAAUAAGAAGACAGAGGAACUCUCAGUAGGCGACGACGAGGUUCCUCUGGGCCCUGGAUACAAUUUCAACACGAUUGAGUGGCUCGAGACGGCUACCUACGGAACCGGAUGGUACGACCAGUCCCUCACAGAAUGUGUCUUGGAGGAGCUCGAUUUCCAUACCGACGACAUGGACAAAGACUCACCAAACAAGAACACUCAAUACUGGUGGUGCGUCGAUGGUGGCGCUCAAGAAAUCGCCAGGAAGAUGGCUGUCAAGGCCAAGAAGCGCGUCGAGUUUAACACAAAGGUCCAAUCAAUUGACGCUCAAGUUCCCCGGCGCCGCGCCAACGAAUUCACUCCAAUGAAGAUCAAGACCACAAGAACGGACCCCAAGACGAACAAGGUUGAGAGCAAGGACCGCGAGUACUUCGCCAUCUUCAACAGCACUACUCUCGCUGCUCUUCAGCGCAUGGAGUUGCGCGAUGCUGGCUUGUCUUAUGGAACUAAGCAGGCUAUCCGAGCACUUGGGUACGGCGCUUCGUCCAAGGUUGGCAUGAAGUUCCGAACUGCAUGGUGGCAGAAGGAACCCUUCAACAUCAAAAAGGGCGGAGUGUCUAGAACGGACCUACCUCUGCGUGUCUGCGUGUACCCUUCAUACAACAUCAAGUCCAAUGAAGGAGAUAAGUGGGAUCCUGAGAAGCCAGCUGUGCUACUCUGCUCUUAUACCUGGGGUCAAGAUGCCCAGCGUAUUGGGUCCCUUUGCUCACCCGACUCUCCUCAAAACGAAGCGGAGCUCAAGCGUCUCAUGAUCCACGAUCUUGCUCGGCUUCACGCCAGGGUUGACUAUCCUUUUGAGGAUCUAGUCAAACUUCUGGAGGAGCAAUACAUCGACCAUCACGGCUACGACUGGUACAGAGACCAGAACAUGUCUGGUGCCUUUGCUUACUUUGGCCCAGGCCAAUUCUCCAACAUGUGGCAGGAGAUCAUCAAGCCUAACGCGUUCGGUCAACUCUAUCUCGUCGGAGAAGCAGCUUCUUCCCACCACGCCUGGAUCGUCGGCGCGCUGGAAAGCGUGAUUCGAGCAGUAUACGUCAUGUUUCAAGGUCUUCAGAACGGCAACAAGAAAUUCGAAGCCUACAGCAUCGUGUUGGACUUGCUCAGACAAGCGCCUACUGAGCCAGGUGAGAAGGGAGAUAAGGAGAAUAAUGAGGACAUUGGUCAGCCUUUGGAGAGAGGCGGUGCUAUGCCCAAGGGCUUGCCUUUUCACCCGCUGCCUGAGGAGAUGCCUGAGACGCAGUUCAACACACAGGGUCAGGGUUUGACUGACAGCCCAUCAGUGGAGGCUGAUCCUAAGCAGCAGGUUGAGAUGACAUAUGGUGCUGCGUUGGCUACGUUGAGUUUGAUUGAGAGUUUCUUUGAGCUGGGGCUGGAUAAGCAUGUCAAGCCGGCGUCUGAGACUAUUAGCUAG